AUGAAUAAUAAUUACAUUGAUAUACUCCAGAAUUUCGCUAAAGUUAAGACAAUACCCAUUGAUUUCAUCAAAAAUUUGAAUAAAGACCCUUUAAACUUAUACGAACUGUUCUAAAUAUUUGCUUAAAUGUUUGAAGAAUAUCCAGAAAGUCCUGAUCUAAUUAUCUUAACUAUUUCAUUAUCUUAAGAUGUUCCUCUUUUUUACUAAGUUCAAUCAUUAAAUAAUUUAACUGUGUUGCUCUUCUAAGCUCAUUUAAUAGACUUGGCUAAAAAAGUAGCAAAAUUUAACUUGAAAUACUUUGAAUAAGAUAUCCCAUAACUACAUAUUAUCUCACAUUUAAACCUAGCCCGAAUUUAUUAUUUUUUGUAAGAUUUCAAAAAAUGUCUUACUAUUACAGAAAAGGCAUUAAUUAAUUAUGAACCAUAUGUAAGGCUUUACUAUUUAAUUAGAUCAGAUUUUCAAAGAAAUAAAAAAUUCAUGUAAACCUAAAGAUAUUGUUCUUCUUCUUAAUGGUUAUAUUUUCUAUGCAAAAAGUGUUCAAAAUUUAUAGGUUCUUGGAUUUUGUUAAGAUUUAGAUUUUUAAUAAUUUUUUAUAAAUGGAGCCAAACUUGGUCGAAAGUAUUUGGGGCCUUCACAUCAAAUUACAAAGUUAUUUUUAUUUAGUGAAAGAGGAUCUAAUAUGAAAAAAAGCAUAAACAAUUAUAUUCCACUAGUAUUUAUUAAAAAAAACGAUAAUUUUAGAAAAAACCAUUAGGCAAAAUAUUGAAUUAAUAAAAAAUAUGUUUUUAAGUUCAUCAAUUAAUUAAGACACUGAAGAUUGGUAAAGCACCACUUUUAAAAAAUGCAAGACACAUUGAAAGAUCAAUCAGUGAAGCUUAAGGAUUUAAGACUUUUAAACGACCUGAUUCUGUUAAACCUUAAUCAUAAAGACAUGAACAAAAUUAGUUACAAAAAACUUAAUAGACAAAUGUUAAUAAAGGAAGUUUUAGAAUUCAAUCUCCAAAAGUAUCUUAAUAGUUAUUUUAUUAGUUGAUCUAAAGCCAAUAAGUGUAACCUUAAAGUGAUCUUGAAUUAAUUAUAUAAAGAAAAAUAGAUACAUUUAUGAAAUCUUAAAGUUAAAAGAAACCAGAACCUAAAAUUAUUGAAUUAGAAAAAAAAAUUGAUGAACUAACAAAAGAAAAUAAAAGAGUUUAAAAUUAAAGAAAAGAAAGAGAAAUUGAAAUAGAAGAAUUAAAAGAUAAAAUAAAUUAGUUAAAUUCUGAAGCAUCAAAAAUUAAAUUCAGAUUAUAAGAAUAGGAGGCAGCUUAAGAAAAGAUGAAAUUAUAAUAAUAAUAAUAAUAAUAAUAAUAAUAAUAACAAUAAUAAUUAUAAUAAUAAUAAUAAUUACAAUAAUAAUAACAAUAAUAAUAACAAUAAUAAUAAUAAUAAUAAUAAUAAUAAUAAUAAUAAUAAUAAUAAUAAUAAUAGCAAUAAUAGCAAAAAUAAUAAUAAUAAUAGUAAAAAUAAUCUUAAUAUUUACAAAAUUCUUAAAUUUCGACUUAAUAGUAAUAAAGUUCUGAUUCUUAACCUGCAAUAAUGUAAGAAAGAAUGAGCUUUGGAAUUGCUUCAAAUCAAUCUUAAAAGAUUCAGAAUUUAUAAAUUAAAAAGUAAGAAAGAUAAAGUACUAUUGAUAUCCAUAACUUAAUUAAUGGAUUAGUAGACACGGAUGAACCAAAAAUAAACAGUAUAUCAAUGAUAAAUGAUACAGAUUUUACGAUAGAUUUAAAUUUAACAAUAUUAGAUUGUAAUAUUUUUUAACAUAAAUUUAGAGAUUGAUCAAUCUAAAUAAUAUAGUAUAAAUUUAACCACAGAUUAGACAAUAGUAAAAAAAGCAUUAAUUGAUAAUGUAUUAUAUGAGAUAUCUUGUGGAGUUGUAUAGAAGAAUAAAGAAUUAUCAAUUAAGAUAUCAUUAAAUACAAAAUAAGAGCAUUCAACUGCAAAAAUUGAAUAUGUUGAGAUGUCGAUUAUAAAAGACUUAAUAUAAUUCAUAGAUUAUAAAAAUGUAUUGCCUUAUACUUAGUAAUUGAAAUGUAUUACAAGUUUUAAGUAAUUUAUUUAAUACCUAAUAAUUCCAUUCAUUUCAAUUAAGGAAGAUGAAGGUGAAUAAAAGAUAUCGAUCUAUGCAUAGCCAUAAAGUUUGUUAAAUGAUUGUGAAAAGAUUUAAUUGUGUGAUGAAUAUUGCAUUCCAUUAUUGUAUCCCUUGGAGGAUGGAAUAUUUAGAGUGAUAUUAAAUACAAUUGUUUUGGAUUUAUAGUUUGAUUAAAGUUCAUUAGAUUAAUUAUUUGAUAUCUAUGGUUAAGAUGAUUAUGAAAGAGAAGAAGUUUAAGAAAUGAUUAGAAUUUAAGAUAAUUUAGAAAAAUCAAAUGAUACUGUAAAACCUAAGCAUAAGGUUUACAAUAUUAGAAGUUAUAUUGUUAAAAAUUAAUAAAAAUUGACAUAAUUCUUAUAAAAAUUAAUAAAGGAUUUAGAAGAGUUAUUGUAUAGAAUAUUUAAUGUAUAAAAAUUCCAAUAAAUAAAUAAAAUAUUGAGUGGUAGUCAAAUAACAAUGCCUAAUAAAAGUUAAGCAAAGGUUUUGAUGUGUUUAAUAAAGAUAUGGGAUAAGAAUAUAUUUUAGAGAAUAAUAUUUAUAGCUGAUAAUUCAAGAGAACAAUGUUUUGAAUUGUUUUUAAGCAAUACAUUUGAGACAUAUGGUAAGAAUAGAAUUAAAACUAGGUCCAAGAUAAUCAAAAGUCAAAGCAAUGGGACAUACAUAAAUUCAAUAUGAUAAUGUAUGUUAGAAAUUAGGAUUAAAUGUUAGUAAUCUUGAUUAAGGAGAUUUUCUAUUAAUUUGUAAUAUACUAUGUAAUUGUUAUACAUUAUUGACAUUUACAAAAGAAUUAGAAUCAGAUGAUUAAGAAAGAUUUAAAGAGAAUGCAAUUUUAGCAGUUGAAUUAUCAUGUGAAUGCAAUAGUAGAAUGUUUUUGAGUAAGAUAAAUAAUAAAAUUAGCAAAUUAAAAUAGUAUGUAUAAGAUACCAUUUACAAUGUCUUAUUUGGGCAUACAAGAUAAACCUAUAGGCAUUAGAGUAUAGAUUUAUGAUGUGCAUACAAAUACUGAACAAGGAAUGUUUUUAUCAAUAUCAAAAGAAACAUGGGAUAAAUUAGAAAUUUAGGUUAAAGGAAAACAUUCUAGAAAAUAUACUCUAUAGAACAAGAUGAGUAGUGAAUACUAUUUACCACAGAUUUUAUAGAAUGGUGGAUUUUAUGUAAUAAAAGAGAAACUUACAUUAGAAGAGACGAAGACUUAUAGAAUAUUACAUGGGAAACAUAUAUCUGUUAUAGAUAGAUUAGAGAAUGUCCUAAAUUCUUAAUCACUAUUAGAAUAUCUCAAUAAAAAGCUAUAAUCAUGA